UCUGUCAAUACUUGUCAGUCAUUGUUUCGGUUUCGGUUUCCUUACAUAUUUUCUACCGUAGUAGAACAACUGUUAUGAUCGGAAUCGGUCGAGCUAGUAAGUACCAACAUCGGUUUUUGAUGCUAGUGGUCUUCAAUAAAAGCCACUCGGUAACUACAAGGAGGGUUGUUUUUCUGUACCGUUGUUUUUUGCUUUUCAGAGAAAGAUAUUCAUUCAGUUACUUACUCAUAUUUCGCUAUUGUAAUAAAGGUUUUGGAAUACAAACGGCAGGACCAACAUCUGAAUCGCAUACGCGUUUAACAAAAAUACAAGUAAGUAUUGUCUUGUUUUCUGUUGCUGGCACGCACGACACAAAAGUUCAAUUAAGCUCUUCGAUCUCCUAGUACUCACCAGCCCCCCUCCAGGCGAAUCUGUUGCUUUCGCAAUACCAACGGCAAGAAAAAAAUUGGAUCAGCUUCUUGUUGCAAGAACAAGAGCUACAUCAGAACAAAUCAAAAAAAUGAUGGCCGCUUUUUGCUCCACCAAGCUGAAAAAGUUCCUCCUGUGGUGCUACGCGCCGCUGCUGCUGCUUGAUUUGAUAUGCACUUGGAAAACAAGUAUCGCACUCGUAGUAAUCCUAAAAAAAAAAAUCUUCGCAGUUUAUGCAUAUAGUACAAAUGUCUCUCUAAUUAAUGCAAACCCUCAUGACAAAUUCCAUGCCGACCAAAUUUGUGAUGCGAUUUCUACAAGUAGUGAUGCGACUUGUUUUGCAGUUCAUAUUUGACCACGUGGACGACCAAUGUUGGGACUACUUUUUGUCGUGCUCGCACGCUGAUUAUCAAAUGCAAAAAUGUCUGGGUCUGGAAGGAUGCGAACUUGUGAUGCGCAUUUCACAACACAGACAAAUCUCUCAUGCAUAGGCAGCAAAAGGUGCCCAUUUCCUGUCACCAAAAUGGGGCGACAUUUGUCAUGCAGAUUAAGCAAUGCGGAAGCUUCUCGAAAUCUGUGAUGCUAGGGCUUCCAUGACAGACAUUUUGUGUCAUGCAGAAACAGCAAGACAAAGAUCUGCAUUCUUUCACAGACCCAAACACUUUCGCAAUUCAUACUGAUCUGGAAAAAGCAAAACAAAGAAAAGGCCGAGCCGGAAAAAGUGGGUCGCCUGGCUGGUUUCGCCGCUCGCAUCAAAGCGCUGUUGGGAAAAUCUCCGCGUUUGCCACGUACAGAUACCUUUUUUACGUAACUUCAACAAAUUAGGCUCUAUUUUAGCUCAAAUUAGAACCGGUUCAGGUUAAAAAAGGCAUAUUUUAGGUCGGAAAAUGCAUGGUAAAUGGAUCAAAAGGCGCAAAAUGGCGCCCCUGUUCCCACUAGUAGGACCGGAAAUCCGAUGUAGGGUUCAGAAAAUGAAGCGCAGAGCAAGCUGCUGCGUGAUCUAGGUUUCUGCAUUGGCUAAAUGCGCGCCGCUUUUGUCUUCACCACAUCAGGAACGUCCACACCACGGGGAACAUUAGGGACCUUACGCGAUGCGUUAGAAUGAAGCACGUCGAACCUUUGCUACGCUUGGGCUGGACUGGGUCCAGCCAGAACACAUUGAUGGAUAUUGUGCCUAUUUUGGAAUACAUUUGACCUAGAUUUAUUUCUGCUUGCGCCUAAAGAACACUAUUGGCUUGUGGGUAGUGUUCGAGCCCUCGGUUGACUGUGUACUAGAUUCUUAUUCGUUUGCUCGGUGCGCGUUUCGGAAACCUGCUUGUGAAAGCCAACACAACCCGGAAAAUACAGGCGAUUCCACACUGGAGCAGUGCGACAAGCCGCAGUUGCAGAACGAAGUGGAAAGCGCCAAAAAACGGGAGGAGGGCCUGAAGAACGAAGUCGAGGAAAUUGCGGACGGCGAUUGGGUAUCAAACGCAAAUAUGUCUGGGUCUGGAAGGAUGCAAGGUCUGUCAUGCACAUUUUGCAUGACUCCUGACGUCUGUGAUGCAUGCCAUAGCAUCACAGAUUUAUUUGUGAGGUCUCCCUGAUGCCUAUAUUACCGCAUGAGAAAUGCCCUCUCGCUGUGGCAAAAUAAACUGGACCUCUUUUACUGUUCAUGCAAUACAGAUUAUCGUAGUAUCCAAAUGCAGCAUGACAAGUUUACAAUCUUCCAGACCCAGACAUAUUUGCAAUGCAUAUUGGGCGGACGUGGACACCAUGAAAGCGAAACUGGCGGAAUUCAUCGCAGGUCUGCGUGAACACGCGACCCCCUAUUCUAUGGAUUGCAAAAAUGUCUGGGUCUGGAAGAUUGCAACUUGUCAUGCUACUUCCGAAUAAUGCAAAAAUCUGUGUUGCAUGAGUGCCAAAAGCUGUCCACUUUCGACCAAGUUGGGAGGCAGUUUCUCACGCAGGAUAGGCAUGAUAGAACUCUCACAGAAUCUGUCGUGCUAUGUCCCACAUACCAGACCUCAUGGGUCAAGGUCAUGGGAAACCUGCAUGACAAGUCUGGCAUUCUUCCAGACCCAGACACUUUUGCAGUUGAUAUAUUCCCCCUUUGAUCCGUGCCGCACGCAGCAGGAAGAACUCUGGAAUAUGGAAGUUCGGGAAGUGGUAUCAACUGCAAAAAUGUCUGGGUCUGGAAAAAUCUUCUAACUUGUGAUGCUACGUCUGGAAUCCAAAAAAAUCUAUAUUGCAUGAGCAGCAAAGGGAACGCAACUUUUGCUACGCGGAGAGGGUAUCUGUCAUGCGGAAUUAUAGCCAUCGAGAAAGCCUCAAAAAAUCUACGGCAUGCAUCACAGACAUCAUGGCUCAUGCAAAAUGUGCAUGACAAGUCUCAGAAUCUUCCAGACCCAGACAUAUUUGCAAUGGAUAAGUGAAACUGAGGGCCGCCCUGAAAUCACUGGUUGAGCACUCGACCUUGAGUGAUGUUGGGCAACUAUCAACUGCAAAUAUGUUGUAGUCUGGGUCCUCUGGAAGAGCGCAAGUUUGUCAUGCUCGGCUAGCGUGACUCUCAAGUUUGUCAUGUACGUUGUAGUCCAAAAGCUCAACAUUAUUUCUGUCAAUAAGCAAAGUCGCAGUUUGUGACGCAGAAUAUUUUUAGACAACACCUAGCAAGAACGCUUAGCCGGUACAACUUGUGCGGUCCUCGUGUUUAUUCGCCAUUCAGCAUCAGAAGUUUCCAGACCCAGACAUGUUUGUAAUCCAUAGUCCAUGAAAAUGGUUGUGAAGGAUUUGGUCAAGUGGGAUUAUCCAGAACAGGAGCAGGGAUUUAUGGACAGGAAAAAUCCCCCCUCCCCAUAUUGAAAAGGUAUGUUUCCAAAAAUUUGUGUUGCUGAUUUGUGACCACAAAUCAGGUUUGUCUUACAAGAAGACAAGUGCAGAGGCAUCCGCCCAAUUGUGGAAGCGAUUUGGCAUGCUGUUGGUCCUAGUGGGUAGCCGUUUGCAAUACUGAACGACUACACCUGAGCGCUCCCACCUAGGCUGCGGAUCUGGCCGCAGUGCCUUGCUGCAAGACAAGUCGGAUUUGUGCACGCAAAUCAGCAUCAGAAAUUUCCAUUUUGAUAUGGGGUGGGGGGAUUUUUCAUUUUGAUAGGAUUGUCACGCUAGUCUGGCAUCAUGACUCUGAGCUCUGUAAGUACUUAUUGUGUAGCCGCAAAGAGCUCCUGUCAUGCAAAAAUUUAAUGCACUUGACAACGCAGGACCAGGAGCCGGGCAGAUGUGCCAUUGCACAAUUAAGCGCAAGCGAAACGUGAAGACGAACAAAUAUUAAAGUGAAGCGUUUCAUAAAUACGAAUACCUGAGCAGGACGACGAUUCGAAGUGCAGUACUAUCUUUAUACAACACAGAUCUAUUUGUGAAUCGCAUUAUACCGAUCGGAGAUGAUCAUCACAUACGCCAUAAUUCUUCCUGUUUGUAGAUGCAAAUUGCGUGGUCGAAGCUGCCCUCCUAAUGCAAGCUGCAGCUGCGUUUUUACACGACGAAGAUGAUGAGGUUGACGCAACUAAAACUAAAUCUCUUUGUCUUUUUUCUAUUUACUUCUAACACCAGCCGGAGCACAAGAACGAAAUCCUCUUCGCAACCAAUUAUUCUUCGCCUGCGCCUUGUUGAACAAGUUAUAUUUUUCGAACAGUGUCAUCUGUUGUCAAAAUUACAGACACGCUAAGAUGACCCUUUAGUACUACACUAGAAGUCAUACAAUUUUGCCAAUGUUUUCCUCACCGCUUCGGAGUGGUAGAAGGCCCUGCAUGGUAGAAGAAGUCACUGUUUCGUCCCGACUGGGAGGGAACAGCAACUACAGCAAGGGAGUCGUGUAUUCGUUAUAUAAAAACCAGGGCCGCUUACGCUUUUGCGGGAGCAGGGUUGUAGUACAGCCCGUCCUUACUUUUGCAUUGUAUAUGUUUACAAUGGGCCGCGUGAAGAUAGUCCUCAGGACUAGGAAGACACGACUGCGAAGACAGGAUGUACCGGAAUGAUGAUCUUCCGGUCGGUCUUAU